UCCCGGAGGGAGCUGCGGGCAGAGGCUCCCGGGGCCAAUGCCCUCGGGGAGGGGACACGCAGGGAGCCGCUCCCGGUACCUCCCGCCGCGGGUGGCCGCUGGGAGCCGGGGGCGGGAGCGGACGGGACGGGGACGAACGCUCCGGUACCGGCACCGGCAGCGGCACCGGCAGCGGCACCGGCACCGAGCGGGAAUGGAAUCCAAACCCCCCCCCGGGGGCACCGUGGCAGGGCUGGCACAGUGCCAGGGCCAGCUGGAGGAGGUGGCAGCGCUGAUGAGGCAGAACCUGGGGCGGGCACUGGAGCGGGAAGGGCACCUGGCAGAGCUGGAAGGACGGGCACAGGAGCUGCAUGUCAUGAGCAGGAGCUUCACCCGCAGGGCACAGGCAGUGGCUGGGCAGCAGCGCAGGGCACACAGGCGCCACCGGGCGCUGCUCUUCGGCCUCGCUGCUGCCUUCCUCCUGCUCCUCCUCCUCAUCCUGGCACUGGCACUGUGGCUGGCCCGCCCUGCCCCUGCCCUUGCCGAUGCCACCCCGAGGACGACGCCUGGAGGGCACUGAGCACACAGGGGACAGGACCAGGACCUGUUUGGGGACCCCUCAGAGCGACCAGGACCUGUUCUGGGGGCACCUCAGAGCGACCAGGACCUGCCUGGGGACACCUCAGUGCGACCAGGACCUGCCUGGGGACCCCUCAGAGCGACCAGGACCUGUUUGGGGGCACCUCAGAGCGACCAGGACCUGUUUGGGGACCCCUCAGAGCGACCAGGACCUGCCUGGGGACACCUCAGAGCGACCAGGACCUGCCUGGGGACCCCUCAGAGCGACCAGGACCUAUUUGGGGGCACCUCAGAGCGACCAGGACCUGUUUGGGGGCACCUCAGAGCGACCAGAACCUAUUUGGGGGCACCUCAGAGCGACCAGGACCUGUUUGGGGGCACCUCAGAGCGACCAGGACCUGCCUGGGGACCCCUCAGAGCGACCAGGACCUGUUCUGAGGGCACCUCAGAGUGACCAGGAGCUAUGUGGGGACACCACAGAGCGACGAGGACCUGUUUGGGGACACCUCAGAGUGACCAGGACCUGUCUGGGGACCACUCAGAGCGACCAGGACCUGUUCUGAGGGCACCUCACAGCGACCAGGACCUGCCUGGAGACCCCUCAGAGCGACCAGGACCUGCCUGGGGACCCCUCAGAGCGACCAGGACCUGCCUGGGGACACUUCCAAGGGACCAGGACCUGUUUUGGGGACACCUCACAGGGACCAGGACCUCAGCCUGCUCCAAGACACUUCCAGGACCUGCCUGGGGACACCUCAGAGCGACCAGGACAUGUUCUGAGGGCACCUCAGAGUGACCAGGACCUAUGUGGGGACACCACAGAGCGACCAGGACCUGCCUGGGGACCCCUCAGAGCAACCAGGACCUGUUUGGGGACCCCUCAGAGCAACCAGGACCUGUCUGGGGACCCCUCAGAGCGACCAGGACCUGUCUGGGGACCACUCAGAGUGACCAGGACCUGUUUGGGGACACCUCAGAGCAACCAGGACCUGCCUGGGGACCCCUCAGAGCAACCAGGACCUGGCUGGGACCCUCCAGCAGCCUCUGCAGGCGCCGAGAAGGCUCCAACAGGACACAGCUUUGGGGUCACCUGCGGGGGGGGAGCCCCAAAUAAACCCCCCCAGAGCUGUGCCAA